AAGAUCUAGUUGACCCAAAUUGACAGCCAUAGGAAGCUGAGUAGCGUGGUUAUCAACAGAAAGUAACGAGUGAGGAGGGAAAAGCCAAGUACUCCAUUCAAACAGUUACAGCUACAAUCCAUACACGCUAUAUAUUGCUCCAUUCUUUCAUCAGGAACUUCUCUUUCGACUUGUUUUAAAGAAGUGUUUAGUUUAUCUAUUUAGUUCAAGGAGAAUUUGUGUUCCCGCCUAUUUUGAACACCACCUGUUUGUUAAAAUAACCCAACCAUAACCAACAUUGUUUUUUCGUGUUUCAUUGCCUGAGCCACCAAAAUGCUAAUUCUCCAAACUACUAUUGUGCCUGGAACCUUCUCACCUUUCCGUACAACAAAAAUUGAUACAUGCUUCUUGUCUUGUUCCACUAUAUCUACCCAUCACAUUGUAAAGCCUGUUUCAAUAUCAUGCUCUGUUUCAACAAGCUCUAGUUCAAAACCUGAACCCGAAUCUAAUCCUAGCUCCAAACUAAGAGCAAAAAAUAAGGGAAAAAGUUCCAAAUCUGAAGAUGCUGUAUCUGUUAAUAAGGAUGGUGGAAAUUCUGAGUAUAUCUUCCCAACAACUAUUCCAAGGAAGCCGAGGCGCGGUCGUAAAAGUGAGGCCAUGAAAAUAGAAGAUUUUGUACGCGAUACAUUGGAGAAUACUUUUGCUGCAAUUCGGCAGCAAAAUGGGGAUGCUUUGAAGAAUCACAAUGAUAUAAUGAAGGGCAGUGUUGGUGAUGAUGGUAAAUCAGAACACAGUGAUGAUGAUAGUGAUGAGGGGGAGGAAGAUGAAGAGGGAGAUGGGGGUGAAAAGAAGAUGGUGAUUGAGGAAGAAAGUGAGAGCUGGCCAUUGGAUACGGAUGUUGGGUGGGGAGUUAGAGCUUCAGAGUAUUUUGAGAAGCAUCCAAUUAAGAAUGUUGUGGGAGAUGAUGGUGUUGAAAUUGAUUGGGAAGGCGAAACGGAUGAUAACUGGGUGCAGGAGAUCAAUUGCUUGGAAUGGGAGAGUUUUGCUUUUCAUCCCAGCCCUUUAAUUGUCCUUGUUUUUGAACGCUAUAACAGGGCAGUCGAUAACUGGAAAAACUUGAAAGAGCUAGAGAAAGCAAUAAAGGUGUACUGGAGUGCUAAAGAUCGGUUACCUCCCCGGGCGGUUAAGAUAGACAUUAACAUAGAGAGAGACUUGGCUUAUGCCCUCAAAGCUCGAGAAUGUCCACAAAUUUUAUUUUUACGGGGCAAUAAGAUGGUGUACAGGGAGAAAGAACUCAGAACUGCAGAUGAGCUGGUUCAGAUGAUUGCAUUUUUCUAUUACAAUGCAAAGAAGCCUGCAUGGAUAGAUGACAAGGCCUUAUAUUUACGAUAUUAAUUGUUUUUUCAAGAAUGUCACACGGCCCUUGUUGCCUUGUUGCCUUGUUGCGUAGCAAUUCUAUAUUAUGAUAAUGAUGAAAUGAAAUAUAUAAAACUAGAGAUAUAAUCAAGAUUAUUAUUCAUCAAUGCAAAUAUAUAAAACUAUUGAUCA